CUCGAAGGGGCCCCUACCUAAAGGGAAGGCCCCGGGGGAGAGGGGGAGCGCUCCUUUCCGGCGGCGGGUCGGCGCGCUCCCGAUCCUACGCCGACUCCUUCGUCGGUGGCUCCCCCUGGCGGCAGCGACGGCGUCCGUCGGGUCGAUAAGGUAGGAGAACGGCGGUGGGUACGGCGGCGUCCGCGCGCUUCUCAGGAUUACGGCCCGAAAAUUCGCAUCCGGAAGACGGGAUGGAGCGACUGCUCAAGACCUGCUUCUUCGUCUUCUUGGCCGCAGGGCUCGGAUGGGUGCGACCCGAUGACCUUCGACCUCUGAGCGACGGCCACGGGUGGAGGAAGAAAGAGGGGCGAUCCCGUCUCUCAAAGACAAUUGUCAUGCUGCCUGUCCGAAAUAAGACGGUCCGGGUCUUAGUCCGAGUUGCAAGUAAAGCUGUAAAAUACCCUGGCCAAUCCGGACGCCAAGAGGCUGUAUGACGAUCUGAUAUCUCGAUACAACAAGUUGGUGCGCCCGGUGGUCAACGUCACCGAACCGUUAACCGUCCACAUCAAACUCAAGCUUUCGCAGUUGAUCGAAGUGAACUUGAAGAACCAAAUCAUGACGACCAAUUUAUGGGUGGAACAGUACUGGCACGACUACAAAUUGACUUGGGAACCGAAAGAGUACGGCGGGGUAGAUAUGCUGCACGUGCCUUCCGAUCACAUCUGGAGACCUGACAUCGUUUUGUAUAACAACGCCGAUGGAAAUUUCGAAGUGACUCUGGAAACCAAGGCCCAGUUGGACCAUAGCGGAAUGAUCCAAUGGAAACCGCCCGCCAUCUACAAGAGUUCCUGCGAAAUCGAUGUGGAAUACUUUCCCUUCGACGAGCAGACUUGUCUGAUGAAAUUCGGAUCCUGGACCUACGAUGGCUUCAAAGUAGAUCUCAGACACAAAGACGAAGCCAAAGACAUCAAUCAAGUGGAAAUAGGCAUCGAUCUGACCGAAUUCUAUCUGAGCGUGGAAUGGGAUAUUCUGAACGUUCCCGCCGUUCGUAACGAAAAGUAUUACACCUGCUGCGAAGAACCUUACAUCGACAUCACUUUUAACAUCAGCAUGAGGAGAAAAACUCUGUUCUAUACCGUCAACUUAAUCGUACCGUGCAUGGGGAUCUCCUUUCUAACGGUGCUGGUAUUUUAUCUACCGUCGGACAGCGGUGAAAAAGUUAGCCUGAGCAUUUCUAUUCUGCUUUCUCUCACGGUGUUCUUCCUGCUGCUGGCGGAAAUAAUCCCCCCGACUUCUCUGGUGGUGCCGCUGCUGGGUAAAUACUUGCUCUUCACCAUGAUUCUAGUCACGUUGUCCAUCUGCGUGACGGUAGUGGUGCUCAACGUACAUUUCCGCACUCCCUCCACCCACCGUAUGGCUCCUUGGGUCAAAAGAGUGUUCAUGCAUCUCUUACCCAGGCUACUUCUCAUGCGUCGUCCUUCGGGAUCUUCGUCGGAAUCGCCCAAAGUCAUGAUUCGCACCUGCCACGGAACGGAGUUGAAAGACUACAACUUUCAUCAUGCGGACACCUGCCCCGUCAAGCAAAUGUACGAUCCCGACUACGGGGGCCAUUACAACGGUUGCAAGAUCCACGGUCCCGCCCCUCGCGUAGAGGAGGAGACAAUCAUUCGCGAAGAAGCGGGAUCUUCCAUGAGAGGCAAACUUCACUUCUGUCCCGAGUUGCAGAGAGCUCUGGAAUCGGUCCAUUACAUCGCCGAUCAUACCAGCAGAUACGAGGAAGAAAUGAACGUGAAGGAAGACUGGAAGUACGUGGCCAUGGUACUGGAUCGUCUGUUUCUGUGGAUCUUUUCCGUGGCCGUUCUGGUUGGAACUUGCGGCAUCAUUCUGCACGCACCAACGCUGUACGAUACGAGAGAGCCGAUAGACGUGGAUCUGUCGGAGGUGGCGAUGGCCACUAUGCACCACAAGAGAACAUUAUGAUCCGGCCGAGUGGCGCUAGGUGUCGGGACGGACAACGAAGCGUGUCGUCGGCGCCAUCACGCUCGGUCGACGGCGAUUUCGAUCCCCGCCCGCAGAGCGGAGCGGCGACGAUCCGAUUUUAACCGGGUACCGAAUCUCGUCGGAAAAUUUAUAAGGAAAAGAGUAACUAUUUUCGCAGCUUUCCGAAAAAUUUCGGCCAUUGUAAUUCUACUGCCAAAUUCGGUCGACCGCCGAAUGGACGACCUCGUAAAUUAGAAAAUAUUUUUGUCGUCGGCACCACAACUAGUGUAACUAUUAAAGAUGAUUUCUUCUUCAGGUGCACUGCAAACCAACUGCAUUGAUGAGGACCUAUGCUUUCCGUCGCGCCACCUCGCGUCGAGAAUCAUCGGUGCCGUUCGUUUCGGCCCCCUCUCCCCCAAAAAAAAGGAGCCGAACGGAUCGGGUGGGGCGAAGAUGCUUUCGUUGUAGUCACUGGCAUCGACCUUCUUCAAUUUCUUUUGAGGGCUCCCGAAUGCCAAAAGUCGCAGCUCUCUUUUCUCUGAGAGCCUUUGCAAAAAAGACGUGUUAGCCUCGAAUUUCUUAAGCAAAACGAAAAAAUAGCUCCCGUUCUUCAGAUUCGAAUCCUUCUCUUUAGUAUUUUCGUUUUCGGCACGAUUCUAACGUAUCUUCUCCCCAUCCUCUAACACUUCGGCAUUGGCAAUGAAUUCCUCCUGAAAGAUACCGUUUCUCUCGCCUCGGCUACCGAAGGUGGGGCGCCAAAUAACAUUCGGAAAGCUGGCUCGCUGCCUUCUACACACACUGCCUAUCCAUUCGGUGCAAAUUGUGUUCCCGUUAUAUUCCUUUACUGAUUGUAGGGUGGCGUUGACUGUAGGUUAUCACAAUUCUCACUCGAUCGAAUUGGAAAAAUAAGUAGCGAUAACUUACAAGAAGUUCCAGAUUGGUGGAAUCUUCUUCGGUAAUCGCUAUUGAUGCUAAACCCCGAUUUGUGUGUGAUGUAUCACGAAUAAGCAGAAAUACCGCGAAUUGUUCGAUAUGGAGGGAAUUUUCUUAUUUAUGCACCUUGACAACAGAAAUUCCCGUGGUUACCACAAUUUCGUAAGUAAUUACCAAAGAAUUUCAUCCAAGAACUUAACUUCCUGAAGAUCCACGAUGAUUAUAAAUUAUCCAUGAAGUUCUUACCCGAAAACACUGAGGAUUUUCACAGUAAAUAUUUAAAUUUUAAAAAUAAUUAUGUGGUUAUUUUUUUUUUAAUGUAAGAAAGGUAUUUUGCAAAUUUAUAAAACUGUGUUUUGUUUUAGUUUUUUUUUUUUAAAUUCU